GUGACUAGCCACUUAGUAUACCAACGCUGAUACAUCAAGAAUGCCAAAACGCUUCCCCCCACCUUCUGGAACUGAAGACGAAGACCAGAAAAUAUCUUCAACCAUUAUAGUCGACGCGUCAAUUAGAGGGGACACCAAAUGUUCACCAUAUUAUCAGCACUGGCAUUACUAGAAAGUGUCGAUAUGAAGAGUCCUCGGUCCGUAUUACGUACCUACCACUUCACUAACCCGGGGCAGCCCGGUAUGCGUAUGCUCUGCAAAGAACUUUAUCUUUAUCUUUAUUAACCACUCAGAUACAGAAUGGUGCAUAUGAUGAAAAAAACUUAAACAAGUUAUGUAACAUAAAU